AUGACGACAAUAUUUACUUUCAAUUGUCCAAAAUGUCAAAACGAUCAGAAUAGUAAUACUUUCGAAUAUGGUUUUAUUGAUGAUUUUUCAAAAUCCAACUUUCCACUUUCUAAAACAGAAGAAUUAUAUCAAAAACUUCCAAUGCCAAAUUCUGGAAACAAAUUAGAUCUUUAUGUCAAGGUAAUUGAUCCAGUGACAGGAUCUAGCUCCAUAACAAUCAAACAAGUUACCAUCACUCUUCCAGUUGUCAAAAGUUUAGCAGAAAUCAAAAAGUUAACAGCCUCAUGGAACCAAAUAGCAACAUUGGCUCCUGUUGGUGAUUAUCAACGAAGUGUUUUCAAUACUGCAACCAUUUCUAGAACAAUGAAUUUAUUAUUUAACAGUAUAAGUUCAAAGAGAGAUUUAUGUAAUGGAAAUGGACAAUUUAAAGAUGGAAAAUGUGUUUGUAAUUCUGGAUUUACGACAAGUAAUUGUAGAUGGACCAAUGAAGAUUUUGAAUUUAUUCAAUCUUUAAUUAGAGAUUUAUUGAAUGAUUUUAUGGGUUCCAGUCAAAUCAUGACAACUGCUGCAGAAUCAACAAAUAGAAAUUACAUUACAAAUUUAUUAUUUGGAUUGAAUUCAAUUUCACAAAAUUCUGAAUAUCAUUCCAACCAAACGGCCAACUCUAGUUUAUUUUUAUUGAGAGAUGCUUUGGCAUCAGUUCAAUCAAGCACUGCCUUUGUUCUGUCUAGAGGCGAUUUGGUCAACUUGCAAAAUAUUAUGAAUUUGCAAGAAAAUUUAAUGGCUUUAGUUUCAAAUGAAAAAUUAUUGGAAACUUUUGAAUUAUUAGGACAAGUUUUAUUGAGAAAUGUUUUAAUUGGUCAAACACCAUUUAAGUUUGAAACUAACAGUUAUUUGACAGUUCUAAACAAGCAUUUCAAGAAUGAAAUGAAUGGAAUGAAAUUCGAAAGUGAGAUGGUAAAUAUCACGUUACCAUUGAACAUUUCAUCUUUCUUGAAAACCAAUUCAAUCAAGUCACCAAUCAAGUAUAGAUGGAAUAUUCAAAAAAAUACAGACACCAUUGCAAUUUUAAAGCAACCUGGAAAGAUGAUAUCUAUCAAUUCAGUUGUAAAUAGUUUACAACUUGAUCCUUCACCUCAAUCUUAUUCGAAAUACUUAUUCGACAUUGAGAUGAAACAAUACGACAGUCAGGCAACUUAUGUUUGUGCUAACAUUGGAUCAGCAUCGUUGGAAACUGAUUGUUCCAUUUCUAUCAAGAAUAAUCAAAUAGCAACUUGUGAAUGCUCUUCAUUAAGAUAUAAUCUUUCAAUUCUUGAAUACAAAUCAAUUGAAACUGCAUCAACCUCCUCUUCAUCAAAUUCAAAUAUAAUUGUCAAAAAACCUGCAACUAGCAAUCCAUUAAUGUGGUUAUUAAUGUUACUAGUCCUCAUUCCACUAACUGCCCUACUAAUUGCAGUAAUUAUUUGGUUUGUAGUAAAGAAACUCGGUAAAGAUAAGAACAAUACAAGAAAUUCACACUCAUACAUGCAAACACAAGAAAGCAGUUCUACGAUUGAAUUGAAGCAUGUUUAA